AUGUGGGCCAGAUUGGGGUACGGCGUGGAUGGGGGUAUGGGGUGGAUGGGGGUAUGGGGUGGAUGGGGGAAGGGGGUGGAUGGGGGAAUGGGGUGGAUGGGGGAAUGGGGUGGAUGGGGGUAUGGGGUGGAUGGGGGAAUGGGGUGGAUGGGGGAAUGGGGUGGAUGGGGGUAUGGGGUGAAUGGGGGAAUGGGGUGGAUGGGAGAAUGGGGUGGAUGGGGUUAUGGGGUAGAUGGGGGUAUGGGGUGGAUGGGAUGGGGGUAUGGGGUGAUGGGGUUAUGGGGUGGAUGGGGGUAUGGGGUGGAUGGGGGAAUGGGUUGGAUGAGGGAAUGGGGUGGAUGGGGUUAUGGGGUAGAUGGGGGUAUGGGGUGGAUGGGGUUAUGGGGUGGAUGGGGGAAUGGGGUGGAUGGGGGCAUGGGAUGGAUGGGGGUAUGGGGUGGAUGGAGGUAUGGGGUGGAUGGGGGUAUGGAGUGGAUGGGGGUAUGGGAUGGAUGGGGGAAUGGGGUGGAUUGGGGUAUGGGAUGGAUGGGGGUAUGGGAUGGAUGGGGGUAUGGGCUGGAUGGUGGUAUGGGGUGGAUGGGGUUAUGGGGUAGAAGGGGGUAUGGGGUGGAUGGGGGUAUGGGGUGGAUGGGGGUAUGGGUUGGAUGGGGGAAUGGGGUGGAUGGGGGAAUGGGGUGGAUGGGGGAAUGGGGUGGAUGGGGGUAUGGGGUGGAUGGGGGAAUGGGGUGGAUGGGGGAAUGGGGUGGAUGGGGGUAUGGGGUGGAUGGGGGAAUGGGGUGGAUGGGGGUAUGGGGUGGAUGGGGGAAUGGGGUGGAUGGGGGAAUGGGGUGGAUGGGGUUAUGGGGUAGAUGGGGGUAUGGGGUGGAUGGGAUGGGGGUAUGGGGUGAUGGGGUUAUGGGGUGGAUGGGGGUAUGGGGUGGAUGGGGGAAUGGGUUGGAUGAGGGAAUGGGGUGGAUGGGGUUAUGGGGUAGAUGGGGGUAUGGGGUGGAUGGGGUUAUGGGGUGGAUGGGGGAAUGGGGUGGAUGGGGGCAUGGGAUGGAUAGGGGUAUGGGGUGGAUGGAGGUAUGGGGUGGAUGGGGGUAUGGGGUGGACGGGGGUAUGGGAUGGAUGGGGGAAUGGGGUGGAUUGGGGUAUGGGAUGGAUGGGGGUAUGGGAUGGAUGGGGGUAUGGGCUGGAUGGGGGUAUGGGAUGGAUGGGGGUAUGGGCUGGAUGGGGGUAUGGGGUGGAUGGGGUUAUGGGGUAGAUGGGGGUAUGGGGUGGAUGGGGGUAUGGGGUGGAUGGGGGUAUGGGUUGGAUGGGGGUAUGGGGUGGAUGGGGGAAUGGGGUGGAUGGGAGCAUGGGAUGGAUGGGGGUAUGGGGUGGAUUAGGGAUGGAUGUCGGUAUUUGGCGGAUGGGGUUAUGGGGUGGAUGGGGGUAUGGGGUGGAUGGAGGUAUGGGGUGGAUGGGGGUAUGGGGUGGAUGGGGGUAUGGGAUGGAUGGGGGUAUGGGGUGGAUGGGGUUAUGGGUUGGAUGGGAUGUGGGUUGGAUAGGGAAAGGGGUGGAUGGGGUUAUAUGGUGGAUGGGGUUAUGGGGUGGAUGGAGGUAUGGGAUGGAUGGGGGUAUGGGGUGGAUUGGGGGUAUGGGCUGAAUGGGGUUAUGGGAUGGAUUGGGGUAUGGGGUGGAUGGGGGUAUCGGGUGGAUGGGGGUAUGGGAUGUAUGGGGGAAUGGGGUGGAUUGGGGUAUGGGAUGGAUGGGGUUAUGGGCUGGAUGGGAUGUGGGUUGGAUGGGGGAAUGGGGUGGAUUGGGUUAUGGGGUGGAUGGGGGUAUAGGAUGGAUGUCAGUAUUUGGCGGAUGGGGUUAUGGGGUGGAUGGGGGUAUGGGGUGGAUGGGGGUAUGGGGUGGAUGGAGGUCUCGUAUGGAUGGAGGAAUGGGGUGGAUGUGGGUAUGGGAUGGAUGGGGGAAUGGGGUGGAUUGGGGUAUGGGGUGGAUGGGGUUAUGGGUUGGAUGGGAUGUGGGUCGGAUGGGGGAAUGGGGUGGAUGGGGUUAUGGGGUGGAUGGGGGUAUGGGGUUGCCGGAAAAGCCUAA